UGGCCGCGUCGGUGGCGUGCAAUGUGUUACCAGAGUCACGUAAGACCUGAAGGCGAUGAUUCCCUUCAAAGCAUAACCGUGGUGGGACGUCAUUUAAAGUCACUUUUUCAGGAGGCGAGAGUGGACCGGAAGGUCCUGCCGGAGGGCAGAGUGCGAUGAAGACAGUGGGCAAAGAUGUCAAGACGAACCCGGCAGCGACCGCAAAUUUUCUCUCCAAGAUAUUUUUCUGGUGGCUCAACCCUUUGUUUCGUACGGGAUACAAACGCCGGUUGGAGGAAGAUGACAUGUACGAAGUGCUUGCGGAGGACAGGUCAGAGAAGCUGGGAGAGGAUUUGCAGAGAUGCUGGGACCAUGAAUUUCAGAAGGCCACUAAAGACAUGCGACCUCCACAACUGUCUAAAGCCAUCAUCAAGUGCCACUGGAAACGAUAUGCAGUGCUGGGCUUCUUCACCCUGGUUGAGGAGGUGAUUAAAGUUGUCCAGCCGGUGAUCUUGGGACAAAUCAUCCGCUACUUCGAAAGCUACGACCCAAACAACAUGACAGCACUUUACCAAACCCUGGGCUACGCGGCUGGGAUGUCUCUCUGUACCAUCGGCCUGGCGGUUCUCCAUCAUCUCUAUUUUUACCACGUGCAGAGAGUCGGCAUGAAGAUACGAGUGGCAAUGUGUCACAUGAUAUAUAAAAAGGCACUAUGUCUCAGCAGUUCAGCCAUGGUGAAGACCACCACCGGCCAGAUUGUCAACCUUCUCUCCAAUGAUGUCAACAAGUUUGAUGAUGUGACUAUAUUCUUACACUACCUGUGGGUGGGUCCAUUACAGGCAGCAGCCGUCACAGGGCUACUUUGGCAGGAAAUCGGGCCGUCUUGCCUGGCGGGGAUGGUGGUCCUUUUGUUUCUCAUGCCCGUACAAACCUUAUUUGGAAGACUUUUUUCAAAAUUCAGGAGCAAGACUGCCAUCCUCACUGACAGCAGAAUCCGUACAAUGAAUGAAGUUGUGUCUGGGAUGAGGAUUAUCAAAAUGUAUGCUUGGGAGAAACCGUUUGCUGCUUUGGUGUCGGAAGUCAGAAGGAAAGAGAUAUCCAAGAUCAUGCUGAGCUCCUACCUCCGAGGUCUGAACAUGGCCUCCUUCUUCUGUGCGAGCAAAAUCAUCGUCUUCAUCACAUUCACCUUAUACGUGCUGCUGGGACACACCAUCUCUGCCAGUCGCGUGUUUGUCACCGUUUCCCUCUACAGUUCUGUGCGACUCACCGUCACCCUAUUCUUCCCGAAUGCCAUCGAGAAGCUGUUCGAGAGUCGCGUCAGCAUCCGUAGGAUCCAGGAGUUCUUGCUGCUGGAUGAGAUUGCACAGGCCAGCUCUCCCUUGGUGCAGGAUGAGAAGAAAGAGGCCUCUGUGACAGUCCAAGACCUCAUCUGUUAUUGGGACAAGAGUCUAGAUGCUCCCUCUCUGCAAAACGUUUCCUUCAAUCUGAACUCAAAUCAGCUGCUGGCCGUCAUCGGACCAGUGGGUGCUGGAAAGUCAUCCCUGCUGAGUUCCAUCCUUGGAGAACUUCCACCUGAGAAAGGGGUGCUAAAGGUCAAAGGGCGGUUGACUUACGCUGCCCAGCAGCCCUGGGUGUUUCCUGGGACUAUCCGCAGCAACAUCCUUUUUGGCAAAGAGUUCAACCCCCAGAAGUAUGAGCGAGUCAUACGGGCGUGCGCUUUGAAACGGGACAUGGAGCUGCUGCCAGACGGAGACCAGACUCUUAUCGGGGACCGAGGUGCAACUCUCAGUGGAGGCCAGAAGGCCCGUGUCAACCUGGCCAGGGCUGUGUACCACGAUGCAGACAUCUUCCUUUUGGAUGAUCCUCUGAGUGCCGUGGAUGCUGAGGUCGGCCGACAUCUGUUUCAGCAGUGCAUCUGUGGUCUGCUGAAGAACAAGCCUCGAAUUCUCGUCACUCACCAGCUGCAGUACCUGAAAGCUGCCGACCAGAUAGUGGUUCUGAAGGAGGGUCACAUGGUGGCGAAGGGCACUUACACAGAGCUUCAGAGGUCGGGUGUGGACUUCACCUCCCUCCUGAAAAAGGAAGAGGAGGAAGAGCAGCAGCAGCCCACUCCGGACCUCACUGGUCGGAUUCGGACCAUGUCUCAGAACUCUGUGAUGUCUCAGGCCUCAUCUGUGCAUUCGGUCAAAGAUGGAGACCAGUUGGAGGCGGAGCCCGUGCACACAAUGGUGGAAGAGAGCCGAGCUGAAGGAACCGUCAGUAUGAGUCUGUAUGUGAAAUACCUGCGAGCCGGAGCCAGCGUGGUCUUUCUUUUGACUGUGAUGCUCAUCAACGUUAUGGCUCAGGUGGCUUACAUCAUGCAGGACUGGUGGCUGGCUCACUGGGCUGAUGAGCAGGAAAAGCUCGAUGAGAACAGCACAAUUGUUGUCGAUGGGCGAAACGUGACAGAGCUGAAUCUUGACUUCUACCUGGGCAUUUAUGGAGGUUUGACCGCAGCCACCGUCGUUUUUGGCUUCCUCCGCAAUUUAAUUCUGUUUAACGUGCUUGUGAGAUCCGCACAAGCGCUGCACAACCAAAUGUUCAACGCCAUCCUCCGAACUCCUGUACGCUUCUUUGACAUCAACCCCAUUGGGAGGAUUUUGAACCGGUUUUCCAAAGACAUCGGCCAGCUGGAUUCCAACAUGCCAUGGGUCUUUGUGGAUUUCAUUCAGAUUUUCCUUCAGAUCCUGGGGGUAAUUGCCGUUGCAGCCUCGGUCCUCCCCUGGAUUCUCAUCCCUGUACUGCCUCUGCUCAUCGGCUUCCUGUUUCUACGCCGCUACUUCCUGCAGACGUCUCGAGACAUAAAGCGUUUGGAGUCCACGACUCGGAGUCCCGUCUUCUCCCACCUGUCCUCGUCCCUACAGGGUCUCUGGACGAUUCGGGCCUUCAGAGCCGAAGAGCGGUUUCAGCGGGACUUUGACGCCCAUCAGGACCUUCACUCUGAAGCCUGGUUCUUGUUUCUCACCACGUCGCGCUGGUUUGCUUUCCGUCUGGACGGGAUAUGCAGUGUCUUCGUGACCAUCACGACCUUCGGCUGCCUGCUGCUCAGAGACCAGCUGGACGCCGGCUCCGUAGGCUUGGCCCUGACCUACUCGGUCACCUUGAUGGGAAUGUUUCAGUGGGGUGUCCGGCAGAGUGCCGAGGUGGAGAACAUGAUGACGUCGGUGGAGAGGGUGGCAGAGUACACCGAGCUGGAAAGUGAAGCCCCGUGGGAAAUGCAGAAGCGACCCCCCCCAGAUUGGCCAAGCAAAGGCCAUGUGACCUUUGACCGCGUCAGCUUCUCCUACAGUGCAGAGGGACCCAUUGUUCUCCACAGCUUGAGGGCGAUGUUCCAGCCAAAGGAAAAGGUGGGGAUUGUCGGACGAACAGGUGCUGGAAAAAGCUCUCUGGUCUCAGCGCUCUUCAGACUGGCAGAACCAGAUGGAAACAUCUACAUCGAUGGAGUCCUGACCUCUGAAAUAGGCCUCCAUGACCUGCGACAGAAGAUGUCCAUCAUUCCUCAGGAUCCAGUACUGUUUACUGGAACCAUGAGGAAGAACCUGGACCCCUUCAACGAGCACACGGAUGAGCACCUGUGGAACGCUCUGCAGGAGGUCCAGCUCAAGAACGUGGUGGAGGAGCUCCCUGGGAAGCUGGAAACGGUUCUGGCCGAGUCCGGCACCAAUUUCAGCGUGGGCCAGAGGCAGCUGGUGUGUCUGGCCAGAGCGGUCCUGAGGAAGAACCGCAUCCUCAUCAUCGACGAAGCCACGGCAAACGUGGAUCCCAGGACGGACGAACUGAUUCAGAAAACCAUCCGGGACAAGUUCAGGGAGUGCACUGUGCUCACCAUCGCCCACCGCCUCAACACCAUCAUCGACAGUGAUCGCAUCCUGGUGCUGGACGCGGGGAGGAUCCACGCCUACGACACGCCCUACACAUUGCUCCAAGAUCCUUCGGGCAUAUUCUCCAAAAUGGUGCAGCAGACGGGCAAGCAGGAAGCAGCCGCGCUGCUGGAAGCUGCCAAACAGGCUUAUGAGAGCAGGAGCCGCACAGACGUUGCCAACGGAUCUGUGGAAGCCUUGGACGGGAACCCAGUCAUCUUCGAGACGGCUCUGUGACCCUGCUGCGACUGGAACCCUGCAGGGCGGCCGUGCUCCUCUGGCUGUGAAGGCCGGCACAUCUCUGUAGAGCAGAGAGCUUCGCGUCCUGGCUGAGAACAGGAGCCAGUCUCACACUGCACUGAUGUUCCCGGGAAAAUGCUGGAACCCUGCUGUAACACCCAGCGAUCGAUAUUUAUUCACCUGAUGUCACACAAAUACAGUAUUGCUGCUGAUGCUGCUACUUAAAAGACAGAUAAGUCAGUGCCUUUGUUCCUUUGCAGCAGGUUGUAAUUUCAAUCUCCCAGUGAUCACCACGUUGCCUCUUGUGUUUUAUAGAAUUCCGAGCAGCGGAAUGUGCUUUUGAUAUUUCGAACAUUAAUACCAAUGUUUUACUCUGAAGUGGCUUCAGUUCAGUUACUGAUGUUUCAGUUCAUUUUGAACAGUUCUGUGUUCAUAUGUCAAAUGUGUGAAGCCACACUGUGAUUAAACAUCAUUUUUAUAA